UUUCGAGAUGAAUUAAUUUCAGGCGCGGUUACCAAUCUUCAUGAAACUUUCAAGGUCAGCGUUAUUUUGUGUAAAGAAAACCCAAUAAAUAUUCCAAAUCAAACAUACCGCAGUUAUUUCUAACAGUACAUUGCUAAAAUUGCUUCUUUUUGUUUUCAUAAGCAAAUGCAAUUUAAGUAAAUCAUCCAACUUGUUGAAAAAUCUACCCGCAAGAAUCAGUUACGAUGACUUCGAAUUCCCUGAUAGAAGCGGGCUCAAUUGUUAUGCUUCGAGCCAUAGAACUUGAGAAACAAUUAAAAUUUACUGAAAGUUUGACAUGCUAUGAAGAAAGUAUUGGUUUAUUCAUCAAAGCUCUGCGUUCUAUUCCUGAUAAUACACAACCAGAAUUCAAAGACAGAUUCAGACUGAAAGUUUCAGAGUAUAUAACCCAUGCAGAAAAACUUAAGGAAAAACUUAAAAAGGAAUCAGAAAAUGGAAAUUAUCACGAACAAAUUGUUAUAGAAGAAGGUGCUACUGGUUACAGUUACAAGAAGGUUUUUGGAAGAUUUCUUGAAGAUGGUACAGUAAGGAAAGUUUGGGUGGAAGAUCCGUAUAUCAGAAAUAGUUAUCAAAUUGAGAAUUUUUCUCACUUUUGUGAAGUCAUCGUUCAAUCAGUGUCGAAGGUGAAAAAUAUUUAUUUAACCACCGGAGAAGAUGCCCAGCAUCCAGAUGAACAAAUAGAAAAGUUUAACAUGUUAAAGGGUGAUCUAGAAAAGCAUUCAGUUACUUUUGAGUGGACGUUCUCCGAUACCUUACAUGAUCGAGAGAUACGGUUAGUUAAUGAUUAGUUAGAUAAAAAGUUGAUUGUUGUUUCGUUUUGCUAGUCUCGGAUUGUAAUUGUUCGGCUUCAUUUUAAACAGUCAUCUCCCAACAUUGUGGUCAAUUCAAAAAGAUUAGUGUAUACAUAUGUCGUGAGGUUGAAUAUCCUUUUCCAAUGUUCAAUAUUUGAUAGUGGAUGGAUUGUUAAAAUUGGUCGUGGAUUGGAUUAUAUACGUCGUCCUGAACAUAAAUUUUGUGGUCUCGGUGUACAUGACUAUGACUUUCGGACAUGUUCUGCAACAACUAUUGACAUAUUUCAUUCUUCUAUUUUACGUCAAGAUACAUAAAGAAAUAUAUAUGAACUUUCCUUUUUAAAAACUAAUAUAGUAUAUGAUGUUAUUAUCUAAUUACCCUGAAAAUAAAUCAGUAAGGGAAUGAUAAAACAUCUUGACGACCUCAAACAUACAACAUUUCGAUAACUUUCCAUUAUCAUUAGUCUUUCAUCUUUUCUUAAAAAGAAACUAUGUUACAGAAUCAUUUUUUAACUUUAAUAAGUUUUUUUCUAUGUUUUUUACUCAUUUGGUCGUUGUAUUUAUGUGUUAGGUCAAGGAAUCAUUUAAUUUUAAGAUUUGAAGCAUUC